UCUUCACUUUCAGCCCAAUGCUGCGGCCAUGGAACAUUCGUACCACAAUCAAACAGGUGCUGUGACAGGACCUGCAUUGCAAGCUGAAAAUGUGGCGGCUGCUGAAGUCGCCUCCUUCGGUUAUGAGAGAGCCUACCAUUUUAGCUUCUGCAUUGACCGCAGCGCCUGUGGCGCCGCCUUGGUCUGCCCAGCAUGCUGAGGCCACAGCUUUGAGGCAUCGGCUGGAAAUUCUGGCAAGACACCUCGAGAUGGGUGAAGGCGAAGCUGUUGACCAUGCUUGGGUUCAGCGCUUCGUUGCAAGUCACACGCGCUUGGUAGAACUUGGAUGUCGCCUCGAGGAAGGCUUCGUCGAUGUGGAUUCCGAGGCCGUGAUGGGGGACGGCAGUGGCGCAGCACAAGAAGCUGCGAAUCUGCGAGCCAUCCAGAUGUUUCAUUGGUAUUGGUCCGUUAUGCACCGUUGUUUUUCAUGUCAUUUUUACAUGAAGCAAAUAUCAAGUUAUCAUUGA